AUGAGGAGAAUGAUGGUGGAGAUUCCGAUUCCUGAAAAAUGGGAACGAUUAUGGUAUACAUGUGAUCUCCGAGGGUUCAUCAUCUUGAGUCUUUCCUUACAAACAUUUAUGAUUCUUGUUGCUCCUGUAAGAAAACGAACAAAAAGCAAUUGGAUAAUCAUGUCAUUGUGGUCUGCAUAUCUGCUAGCUGAUUGGGCGGCUAACUUUGCCGUUGCCCUGAUCUCGAACAGCCAAGGAAACCCUAACUGCAGCCUCGGGAAAAAACAGGUUAGGUUGGCUGUGGAAAACGAGGACCUUCUUGCCUUCUGGUCACCAUUUCUUUUGCUGCACCUUGGUGGUCCCGACACUAUUACCGCUUUUGCGUUAGAAGAUAAUGAGUUGUGGCUUCGCCAUCUUCUUGGUCUUAUUUUCCAGUGUUUAGCUACUGUUUAUGUGUUUGUUCAGUCACUACCAAAAAAUCGGCUAUGGAUUCCCACAAUGUUGAUGUUCUUAACAGGAAUCAUCAAAUAUAGUGAGAGGACAUACUCGCUCUAUCGCGCUAGUGCUGAUAGAUUUAAAGAUUCCAUUGGUACAGCCGCUGAUCCUGGGCCGAACUAUGAACAAGUAAUGGAUGGAUUCUUUUCAAAGAAGAUGGAUAAACUACCAACAAGAAUUGAAAUUGUUUCAGAUCCAGAUCGUGGGGCUACAUCAGCAAGAAAGGCUAAAAAAGGGUCUUUGACAGAGUUGGAGCUAGUGCAGUAUGCAUAUCAAUUCUUUGAAACAUUCAAAGGGAUUAUUGUUGAUAUGAUUUUCAGUCGACGUGAACGGAAUCAGAGUAGUGCUUUUUUCCAGAAUCGAAACGCAGAAGAUGCUUUCAAACUGGUCGAGAUUGAGUUAAAUUUUAUGUAUGAGGUUCUCUUCACCAAGAUUCCUUUGGUGUUUAGUUUAACUGGAGCCAUUACCCGGUUUUUCUCAUUGGCGACGAUUUGUUCAACAAUCGUUUUAUUUAUAUUCGAAAACAAAACAAAUUUUAAAAGAGUUGAUGUCAUGAUAACAUAUGGUUUGCUCUUUGGUGCUUUGGUUUUGGAUUUCAUCGCACUACUCAUGCUCUUACUAUCAGACUGGAUCAUCAUUUCUUUACGGAAGUCUCCUGAGAUUGAACUAAAAAACAAGACUCUCAAGACAAGACUCGUCAGUGCAUUUUUUAGACUCAGGUUCGCGGGAACUCUUGGGUACACAAAAGAUCAUUCCCAAUCACAUACUUGCAAAUAUUGCGAGAUUAAGUUUUUAAGACGAAGGUGGUCGGAAUCCAUUUCAACUUACAACCUUAUCUAUUACUGCUUGCACCCACGUCCAGGCAUACAUCAAUUUCUUUAUCAAAACUUUGGGCUUAGUGGGCUUUUGGAUGAGAUCAAGUAUGUUAAAUCCAAAAGCUUCACCCCAAAACUUAAAGAAUUCAUCUUCAAUGAGCUGAAAGUAAAAUCAGAACUUGCAGACGACUUGGAAACUGCAAAGGAGAUAUGUUCGGCACGAGGAAAUUGGACGAUCCUCAUGGAAAAUGGUUGGGGUAGCUUACUUCAAUAUAUUAUAGAUGUUGACUAUGAUCAGAGUCUCAUACUCUGGCACAUCGCCACUGAGCUAUGCUACAAUAAGGCACCCAUACCUGCCAACAAUGAUCAUCGGGAAAUUUCCAAACUAUUAUCAGAUUACAUGUUAUACCUUCUUAUCAUGCAGCCAAACAUGAUAUCUUCAGUGGCAGGUAUUGGGCACAUACGGUUUCGGGAUACUUGUGCCGAGGCCAUGAGGCUUUUUGAUGAAAUAGAUUGUGGAGUACAAAAUGAGGAUUUGAACCAACACUACUGGAAAAUUGGCUAUAGAGUACACCCCCAUCUAAUACGGUUGUAA